UACCCCAUGGUAUGCUUUGAUAGCGUUUAACUUCUUUAAUUAACGAAACAAUAAUUAAGUGGGGAAUAAUACAUUGUAAAUUUAGCACAAUGAACGGAAAAUCAGGUAUAGUGUAAGCAGAGAAAUUGUGGAUUUGAAUAGUCAGAUACGGUAUAGUAAUAAACAUUCCAACAAACAUUGGAGCAUAGUUAAUGUUGAUAUAUAAGGCAUAUUUACAUACAUAAAAGCCCUACAACUAAAAGGCGUACAACUCAACGCUAGACCGGUGAGUUCCAACACAAAAUAUUGCUUGGUAGUACGGCGGACACUCAAAGCCAACUAACCAUGUCUGUACAAAGUGUUGCUCUGGCAUCUCUCACGGCCACCUAUACCGACUCGGAGGGCGAAGACGGGGUGGAAGACGACCUUCAGGAGAAUUCGAACACUCCCCAGGGGGCCGCCCCGCAUAAUGCCCAAGUCGGUCAGCCCCAGGCUUUCACCAGUCCCAAAUCUGGCACAUCAGCCUCAAAUAGUCCCGUUGUUGCUCCCAACGUCGGUGGCAAGUCUAGUAACGAUUUGUCGAACGCGCCCACCUUAGUAACUGAUGUGACAUCUAAGGUGCAGAGAUUGGUUUCAUACUUUGAUGAUACAAUAGUCUCCGAUGACGAAGGAGUGGUGCAGGCACCGGUCGAUGGACAGCCUUUUGAAAAUGGAAGGCCCUCCUCGAUUACGGAAUGCUCACCCUGUUGUCAAGGAGAACAAUUAGUUUCAGAUAGCGAGGUGGAUCCAUAUGGCGUCACUAUACCACCAGAGCCGCCGGGACAGUGUCCUGUGGAGUUACAGGAGAAAAUAACGAAACUUUUUAGGAAAAUGGAGAGUGGUGGUUUGGAUAUGAACAAAGUUAUACAACAGAGAAAGGAUUUCAGAAAUCCAUCUAUUUAUGAAAAGCUCAUUCAAUUUUGUAGUAUUAAUGAAUUGGGUACUAAUUAUCCUCCAGAUAGAUUUGACCCGUUCAAGUGGGGUAAAGAUUCUUAUUACGAGGAACUUGCCAAAGUUCAAAAGGCUGAGAUGGACAAACUUGAAAAAGCUAGGAAAGAGAAAACAAAAAUCGAAAUUGUUUCUGGUACAGCUAAGCGGCCCAAUAAUUCUAGUACAACUGAAGAUGAUGCUAAGAAAAGAAAAAGUAAAUGGGAUCAAGUUGCAACGGGAACCACUGCCUCGGUAAAGCCAACUGUGCUGUUAUCUCAACCAACUCUUACAACAUUAACAUCAUCUGCGACUGGUACCAAAGCAACGGUAAUAUCCGCUUUCGGAUCUUUACCAAAGAAAAGACUGUAACAUAUUCUGUAAAUCAUUUGUAAAUAUCACUUUUUUCGAGAAAACAACACUUCAUUCUUCAUUUAAAGUUGUGUCGCAUAUAAAAACAUUACACCGAAACGAACUCCGUAUAAAUAUGCAUACAAA